AGGCGGCGCUACUACAUUUGUUUCGUUUGCGCAGCGGCAUAAAACAAGAAAGAACUAGGAAGCUAGCUGAUGUUAUAGCCUAAUGCUACACGAGGAAGCAUUGAAGAAAAUGGCAUCGGACAGUCACGUAAAGAUAGGAAUAAUUGGUGGAUCUGGCCUUGAUGAUCCAGAUAUCCUGGAGGGAAGAACAGAACGAUAUGUAGUCACACCAUUUGGAAAGCCAUCUGAUGCUCUAAUUUUGGGCAAAAUAAAGAAUGUUGAAUGUGUGCUUCUUGCAAGGCAUGGGAGACAACACACCAUCAUGCCCACAAAUGUCAAUUAUCAGGCCAAUAUUUGGGCAUUGAAGGAAGAGGGCUGCACUCACCUGUUAGUCACCACAGCAUGCGGUUCUCUCAGAGAGGACAUCCAGCCUGGGGACAUUGUUUUGAUUGACCAGUUUAUUGAUAGGACAACAAAGCGUGUUCAGACAUUCUAUGACGGGCAGCCCACCAGCCCCCCAGGUGUGUGUCACAUCCCUAUGGCUGAACCUUUCUGCAACAAGACUAGAGAGGUUCUCCUGGAGGUUGCCCAGGCACUCGGUGUGAAGUGUCAUACUCGAGGGACAAUGGUGACCAUAGAGGGUCCUCGCUUCUCCUCUCGGGCAGAGAGCCUUAUGUUCAGACAGUGGGGUGCUGAUGUCAUUAACAUGACCACAGUACCGGAGGUGGUUCUUGCCAAGGAGGCCGGGCUGUGCUAUGCUAGUAUUGCAAUGGCAACUGAUUAUGACUGCUGGAAAGAGCAUGAAGAGGCGGUGUGUGUGGACAAUGUUCUGAAAACCAUGAAAGAGAACGCAAAUAAAGCAAGCAGCAUCCUGCUCACAGCAAUCCCACAGAUCAGCCAGAUGGACUGGGGGAGCACAAUAAAUGCACAAAAAUCGAUGUCACAGUCUUCAGUAAUGCUGCCCAAACAUUAAAGUACUCUGCCAUCAAGGAACAUGAAGAUGUGUUGUCUACAACUGCAAUCAUGUAUCUGUAAACAAGUGACAUUCUUACUGCUAUAUUAACCUAAAUAAAAAAAGAAAAGGGUUUGUUUGUCAGCCACACCGAUGAAUGUGCAGUUCUUCAAAAUACAGUAUUAUUUGUUUAAAAAAAAAAGAAGAAAAAAAAAAAGAUGGACAUAACUCCUCUUGUUAAAGAUGAAGCAUUGAUAGGGGGAAUGAACAGGUCUUUUGAUUUAACAAAUUGUUUUUUUCAGUGCCUUUUAAAUGUAGUAAAUGUAGUGUUUUUGGUUAUAAAUAAAGCUGUAUACAUUUCUCUCUUAACCACAAAUAAAUUUGUUUUUUCCCUA